AUGGACCUCGACGGGCUUGCUCAUAUGCCGCCAGAUGGAGUCAGUUCUGAGUUUGACAACCCCCCGAACCGAAACGCAUUUAUGAUAGGCGUAGUUGCUGCAUGCACCACAGUUGCGACAAUGUGUUUUACCGUGCGCAUAUAUGCUAAGGUCACUUCCACAUACGAAUGUCAUACGCCAGGCUAUCACGAAUGGAAUAUCCACCUCCGGGAUAUCAUACCUGCCAACUAUGCGAAUUGUGUUCUUUCGUUUCUAAAGAUAGCCAUCUUGGUAGAGUGGUGUCGACUGUUCGCCCCCAAAGGGCUCAGUUCUAGGACCAUCCUCUGGUGGGGCAGCUUGGCCGUUAUUUUCGUUCAGAUCACCGGGAGCAUCGCCAUCAUUAUUGCUCUGAAUGCCUUGAAGAUGACAUGGAGGAAGAGAUUGAGUGUUUCUCUGGUCUUUAGCUUGGUCGCUUGUGCUUCAGCAGCCCUCAGGUUAGAUACGCCAGUCAUGCAUGGUAGAGCAGCCGAUGUUAUCUACAGCCUAGCGCCGUUGAUCUUCUGUGUCACCACUGAGGUAGCCUGUGGAUUUUUCAUUGUCUGUUUAUCUUGCAUUCCCAAGAUCUUCCAGGAGACACGCGUUAUCCGUAAUGUCAAAAGAGCUUUGGGUAUGAAGAGUACGAGUACCAAGACCAGUGGCGACUUUGAGCCCUACGGCAUUGGCUUGACAACCUAUGGCAGUGUCUCCUACGAGAUGAGCAAGAGCAAAACCAGAAGGGAAAGGUUGAAAGCGACCGGGUCAAUGGAACACCUGCACGAUGGCUACACUGCCCAGGCAUAA